AUGGAGCGCGAAGACAUUACUGCUCCUUCGCUAUUAGCCACGUCAAGCGGUAGACACCAAUUGCAAUACCAAGUCCGGAUUUUGGUCAAUGGAGUGGCGGCAAGCACGGUUCAAGCUAUAUUGGCGUCUAGUGUGGCUUGUACGGUCACAUCCGUGUCUCGUGGGUGCCCACUCGGCUCGGAGGCAUAUGAUUCCAACUUUUUCGUGGCAACUUUUGAUAUGGUGUCAUGUCCCGAGCAACUCAAGCUGGUCACGCACAUCGCAACAUCCGAAACGGAGAUCUUUCUCCACCAUUUUCGUCACUUUCAACGCGUUCCCUGUUUUUCCUGCUAUUCGCCAUAUCACUCGAGUGCUAAGUGUGGUGGACGCAAAGGCGCUUUUCAAAUUCAGCAUCACCGAGAAUUUACUGGUAUUCCAAUAGCUCCUCCUCACGUCAGUGGGUUGACUUUUAACCACUUGGACGUUGCCGGUCGCCUGCAGCAUGUCUCUGGACUGGCGGAUACUUUGGUGGCAACCACGGCGAAAUUAAAGGCUGAUGGCAACAAGGCCCCACUGUUAAGUGAGGUCUCGCAGGUACCUCCUUGUGCUGGGCAGUCGUCAGUUCCGAACACGUCUCCGCUUGCCGGUGGACAGGCCGUUCGGGGCGGGGCUACUCGCGUCAGUGGUCCAAUGACGAACGAUCGGGCAACAGGACCUGCUGUGAAGCUACCCAAGCAUCCGCAGUUCAACAAAGAUGGAGGUGCAAGAAAGUCACCACUCCCGAAGUCGAAGGCUGUUGCCCAAACUAUUUCCACGAACACGGUCGCUGACAAAAAGAAACCACCUCAACAGACUAAGGCAACUGUUCGUCAAAAAGGGCAAUCGACCACGGUCCAUUCUUCGCCACCACCCUCCGCUUCUUCGAAGGCGGACACCCAGCGCACUCUGGCGAUUCGGGAACUGGACCACAUAUUGAGUGGUGCUCAUGAGGAAGUUGCAGAACCUGCACCUAUUGAUCCGGGGGUCGAUUCGGCGCUGCCUUCGACGAAUUUAAAAGAGGGGGACCCUUGA